AUGAGGCUCGACGCCACCGAUCUACGUUACAUCUCCAGUCAGGAGUUCCGUGUGCUGACUGCAGUAGAGAUGGGCUCCAAGAACCAUCAAGUCGUUCCCUCCACGCUCGCCGCUCAAAUCUGUGGCCUUCAUCACUCAGGUAUCAACAAGCUGCUCGGAUCGCUCGCCAAACGAAAUCUCAUCGCACGUGUACAGAACACCAAAUACGACGGUUAUCGUCUCACAUAUGGUGGAUACGACUACCUUGCUCUCCGUGCCUUCUCCAAACGUGACAGCGUAGCUGCAGUCGGCAGACGUAUCGGCGUCGGAAAGGAGAGUGAUAUCAUGAUCGUCUCUUCACCACAUCAAGAGCAGAGAGUCCUCAAGAUCCACCGCCUCGGUCGCAUCAGUUUCAGAGCCAUCAAGGAGAAGCGUGACUACAUGGGCAAACGCAAGAGCGCCAGUUGGAUGUACAUGAGUCGUUUAGCUGCUGCUAAGGAGUACGCAUUCAUGAAGAUCCUCCACCAACACGGCUUUCCUGUCCCUCAACCCAUCGAUCAAGCCCGUCACUGCAUUGUCAUGUCUUUCAUCGAUGCUUUCCCACUGCGUCAGAUUGCCCUCCUUCCACCAGAUCAGAUCCCACUCCUCUACUCCGCUCUCAUGAAACUUAUCGUUCGUCUCGCAAGAGCAGGUCUCAUCCAUGGUGAUUUCAACGAGUUCAAUUUGCUCAUUCGCGAGGUUGCAAAUCCCAGCGACGACGAAUACGAGUCAGAUUCAAAUAGAGCACAAUCAGCCAACGUCUCACAACCCAAGAGCACAAGCACAAGGCAGCAACUCGAAGCACAGCAGAAUCAGCCGGGCCUUGAAGCAGAACUGGCAGAAGGGCAAGAGAUCGAACGCGGCAAAGGCUUUCAGAGGAUAGUUGCCCCAGCAUCAUUGCAAGUCACGGAUGACUCUGAAGACCAACAUCUUCAAGAAGGUUCUGAAGAGCAAGAAGAAGACGAUCAACAAGAUGCAGCGUCAGAUGGUCAAGUGCACCUCGGCAACGACGUGACUGUAGAGCCUAUCUUGAUCGACUUCCCACAGAUGGUCAGCAUCAACCACGAGAAUGCAGAAUACUACUUUGACCGCGAUGUCGAGUGCGUCCGCAGAUUCUUCCGCAAGCGUUUCCGAUACCAUUCUGACGAGUACCCUCGCUUUCAGGAUGUGGUUCCAGAACACGCUCGAAAACAGACAAAGCUGCCCAAGACAGCACCAGACGCUCAGAAUGGCGAACAGGCCUGCCCGGCACCAGAGAGCGCCGAUGUACGUCUUGACCUUUUGGCCAAGGCCAGUGGCUUCAGUGGCACCAAGGAAGACCGAGAGCUUGAGCAGUUUAUGUCAGCCUUGCGUCUCAGCACAACCGAGGGCAUAAUUCAGAUCGCUGACUCCAAGGAUGACGAGGACGAAGACCAAGACGAUGAAGAUGAAGAUGAAGAGGAUGUCAGUCAAGAUGGCAGCGACCGCGGCGACGAUAGAGAUCAAGACAAUGAAGAUAACCCCGCCGAAUCCAAGGAGGAUCGAAAGGCCCGCAAAGCUGCUGCAGCAGCUAACGGCCCAAAGAUCUCCCGUGGAGCGGCACGAAAAGCUGCGCUCGAUGGCGACGAUUCCAAGAUUGCUCAGCUGGUGGCCUCAGAUCGCGCUAAGGCUGCUCGUCGUGCUGAGAAGCAUCACGGACGCAAAGCACAUGCUGGAAAGGGCGGCAGAGCGCAUGCAGGUGGCAAAGCUAAGACAGGAAAAGCACGUAUGGUUAGCGACUCUUUAGACUUCUAA